AUGGUCGAACUCAUCAACCCCCCAGAAACACGCUCAUUACUCCCUCCGCUGCUCGCGUGCCUCCCGCUAGCCUUUGUGUCCCCGCGUGCGCCUCCAGCUCUCCUCCCACUCCUCUCUCCUAUUCUGCGCCAACGAGUUAACGUCCUGAGCUCCCUGUCUACAUCUUCCACAGACUCAUGGCUGCAAUUACUCUGCUGGGACUCAGGCAAGGCAGAGCGCCUGCAGAGGACUAUAGACGGUGCCACCUUUGAACCGCACCCCGUAUCGGGCGAGAUCGAGUUGCCCGAUGAGCUCCCGGUCACAUACAAGCGCAUCGAUGAUGAGACUCUCCAGGCGCAGGUCCCUCUGCCCGAGUACAGCAUUACUGUGCUCUAUCUGUGGUGCCCAACGGACGAAGUGGGAGGCGGCCGCGGCUGGCGGGUUGCGGAGCUUCUGCCGCGUGAAGGACCUGCCGAUGAGGAGAACACCUGGGCUUCUUCUAUUGGAGAGGCUGAUUUUCUGGCCAAGGACAACCUCAUGACUGAUGUGCUUGGUGCUGCUGAGCAGGAGAAACCCAAGGAGAAUGGCCAGGAAGAGGAAGAUGACGACGAUUAUUGGGCUCAGUACGAUGCUACGCCGGGCCGGACGCCUGGAGUCAAGACCCCGGCGCCAGCUGCCGGCUCAGGAACGCAUGGCCCAUCGGGUCUGUCUGAGCAAACGUACUUCUCCCAGUACGGGGACGUGCAGCCGGCCAUGGAUAACCACGAUCCAACGGAAGAGCAGCCCGAUGUGGGGCCGUCUUCCCUGAACGGGGAUAUGCUGGCCAGCCUGCUUCGUCGCCAGAUUGAUGGGGUUGAUACGAAUGAGCCGCGUACAAACGGGUACGUUGCUGCUGAUAUUCCCACUGAUAAGGCUGCUCAAGCCUUGAACCACCCACGGCCGGCAUCUAUCUCCUCUGGUAGCUCUGUUGCCAGGUUGGAGCAAGAAGCCGAGAACCGGUCUACGUGUGAGGUUGGAGUGAAGCAGCAUAUCGGUACCAGUAUCAAGAGCUUGUUCCGCUUGGCCAAGGCUACAGGAAUGCCCCGAGCGGAGUUCCAGGCACUGGUGUCGACCGAGUUGGAGUUGUUGGACAUGUCUGAUGAUGAUUAA